AAGUUACUUUUCUUCCUCAAACUCCUUCCAGUCAGCCUGGAAAUUACCUUUCCUCUUCUUUCCUUCCUCUCACUCCUUCCAGCCAUCUUGAAAGUUACUUUUCUUUUUCUUUCCUUCCUUGCAGCCUGCACGUCAUGUCUGAGGGCGAUGAGCAGUUCCACUUUUUACGAAUGGGGGACGAGGUGGUCCUGCAGAGCACCUUCACCUCCCAGGAGGAACACCUGAAGCUCUGUCUGGCUGCUGAGGGCUUUGGCUGCAGGCUGUGCAGGCUUGAGGUCACCUCCAACUGCAAGAAUGUUCCAGCAGACUUGUCCGUGUGUGGCUUGGUUCUGGCUCGCUGUUUGUCUCUCCGGGCUCUGCAGGAGAUGCUGACCCACAGCGAGAGCCUGGUUGCAGAGGGCGCUGGUGGAAGCCAUGGCACUCUUCUGUACGGCCAGGCGGUGUUGUUCCAGCACACGUACAGUGGCAUGUACCUCAGCUGCCUCCCCACAUCCCAGUCCUCUGCUGACAAGCUGGCCUUUGAUGUGGGCCUGCAGGAGGAUGAAGCAGGUGAGGUCUGUUGGUGGACAGUCCAUCCGGCCUCCAGGCAGAGGUCAGAGGGCGAGAAAGUGCGUGUUGGCGAUGACCUCAUACUGGUCAACGUGUCCUCAGAGAGAUAUUUGCACCUGUCCUUUGGCCUGGCCUCUGACAACAGAAGCUUGAGUGACAGUCUGAUGGUGGAUGCAGCCUUCCGGCACUCUCUCUGGAGUGUUGCUCCUAUCUGCUCUGCAACUGGACUCGCUCAAGGAUACCUGAGGGGCGGCGACACGGUGCGACUCCUGCACAGCCCCAGCGAUGCGUGUCUGACUACUCCCUCUGCGGAGCAAAGGACAAUGCAAUAUGAGAGCGGAUCAGUCUGCAGACAUGCCCGCUCCCUCUGGAGGUUGGAGAUGCUGCGCCUUGUGUGGAGUGGAGGACAUGUAAGCUGGGGACAAGCCUUCCGACUGUGCCACGUGACUAGCGGACGCUACCUUGGCCUGACAGAUGAGCGAGGCCUCCAUCUGCUUGAUCGAGACCAGGCCCACAUCACCACCACGUCCUUCUGCUUCCGCUCUGCCAAGGACCAGCUUUGGGACACUGGAGCAAAGACACAUGUGGACGGGAUGGGAUCCCCGGAGAUCAAAUACGGAGACUCGGUUUGCUACCUUCAGCAUGUCGACUCUGGUCUGUGGCUGACCUACCAAGCAACGGACAGCAAAUCAGCAUGCGUGGGAGGAGCUCAGCGGAAGGCUAUCUUGCAUAGCGAGGGUCAUAUGGAUGACGGCUUGACGCUGUCUCGAUCUCAGAGGGAAGAAUCUCACACCGCCAGCCUCAUCCGGAGCACCACUCUCCUCUUCAACACCUUUAUCAGGAAACUUGAUUUUUUGAGUGGACAAGCGAACCUUCCACUUCCACACAUCACGUUGCCGAUGGAGAUGGUCACACGCAGCCUGCAGGAUCUUAUCGCCUUCUUCCAGCCGCCACCAGAGGGCCUGAACCACCAAGCCCAGCAGAACACCCGGACGGCCUUGAAGAGCCGUCAGAAUAUGUUUCAAGAAGAGGGAGUACUAGAGUUGGUGUUGGAGUGUAUCGAGCCUUCUUUGCAUCUUGCUGAGGCCGCAGCAAAUGAUGCCGCAGAAAAGUGGGAGCGCAUGCUCAGCCUUUUUUAUCAGCUUCUGGCUUGUCUGAUUCGGGAAAACCGUGCUAACUGUGCACAUUUCUCUGCUUCCCUGGACUGGCUGAUCAGCAGACUAGAUGGGCUGGAGGCAUCCUCUGGAGUGUUGGAGGUCUUGCACUGCGUCUUGGUGGAAAGCCCUGAAGCACUUCAUGCCAUCAAAGAGGAGCACAUUCACGCCAUCCUCUCUUUUCUCCACAAGCAUGGAUGCAACCACAAGGUGCUGCAGGUGCUGAGCUCCCUGUGUGUGUGUCACGGUGUUGCGGUGCGCUCCAAUCAGAACCUCAUCUGCGACAACCUGCUGCCGGAGAGAGACUUGCUGCUGCAAACACGGCUGCUUAAUCGGGUCACCAGUGUGAGGCCUAACGUCUUUCUGGCCCUGGGGGACGACUCGGCCCAGCCUCGGAGGUGGUACUACGAGCUGGUGGUGGAUCAAGUCCUGCCCUUCCUCACGUCAGAGCCCACACACCUGCGAGUGGGCUGGGCUUCUACCCAGGGCUACCGGCCCCGGCCCACCGGAGGAGACGGCUGGGGCGCCAACGGGGUGGGAGAUGACCUUAGCUCCUUUGGCUUCGAUGGCCUUCACCUGUGGUCAGGCUGCGUGGCACGCAGAGUCACCUCCCCCUUCCCGCACCUGCUGACGGACCAGGAUGUGGUCAGCUGCUGCCUGGACCUCAACGCCCCCUGCAUCUCUUUCCGGGUCAACGGCCUCCCUGUGCAGGGCAUGCUAGAGAACUUCUGUCUCCAUGGACUUCUUCACCCGGUGGUCAGCUUCUCGCCUGGAGUCAAGGUUCGGUUUCUGCUUGGAGGACAACACGGAGAGUUCAGAUUCCUCCCGCCGCACGGUUUUAUUCCGUGUUCUGAGGCUCUCCUUCCCAAAGUCAGGCUGAGAGUAGAGCCGUGUCAUCAGUACAUUUUGGAUCAAGAAGAUGGCAAACAAGAGCUCAUCGGUCCUUCGGAGCCCAUCAAUCCCGUGACCUUCACUCCCUCGCCAGUGGACAUCAGCGAGGUGGAACUGCCACUGCAAUUUGAGGAUAUCUGUGAUAAGAUGGCAGAGAAUGUCCAUGAACUCUGGGUAAUGGAAAAGGUUGAUCAGGGAUGGACACAUGGAAAUGAGCGAGACGAAGGGCAGAGACUGGAGCCGUGUCUUGUGGAGUUCUCCAAGCUGCCAGAGCAGGAAAGGAACUUCAACCUUCACACAGUCCAGGACAUGCUUAGGACUCUGCUGGCUGUGGGCUUCCACUUGACUUUAAAGGACCAACACCCAGAGGGGAGCAUCCGCCGCAUGUCACUCUCCAGCAAGUAUGAACAAGCCAGUGGCUACAGACCUGCGCCCGUUGAUGUCAGCCAGGUUUUCAUAAGCCCCAUCCAUGAGGAGGCGCUGGACCUGCUGGCAGAGAACCAGCACAAUGUUUGGGCCAGAGAGCGGAUCAAGCAGGGAUGGACCUACGGAGCACAACAGGACGCCAAAGCAAAGCGGAGUCCAAAGCUGGUGCCCUACAGCCUGCUUGAUGAAAGCAGCAGCAGAGGGGCUCAGAAGCUGGUCAGGCAGGCCCUUUGCACGCUGCUGGCCUACGGUUACAGUCUGGAGACCCUCCAGCAGGAACAUAUCAUUCUCUCAAACGGAUUCUUCUUCUCCGAUGAAAAGUGCAGAGUGUUCCGAGCAGAUAAAUCCUACGCCGUGACUGGAGGGAAGUGCUACUUUGAGUGUGAGCUGGUCACAGCGGGCAAGAUGCGAGUGGGCUGGGCACGGCCGGCCUGCACAGCAGAUAAAGAGCUGGGCUCGGAUGACCAGGCGUUUGUGUUCGAUGGCUCUGAGGCUCUCUGGUACCAUGGAGGCUGCGAGCCCCUGGGGCGUGUCUGGCAGAAGGGGGACGUGGUGGCUUGCCUGCUGGACCUGACUGAACGCACCAUGAUGCUCACCCUCAACGGGGAGCUACUGUUUGAUAAGCAGGGAUCAGAGCUGGCCGCCAAGGACUUUGACAUCAGAGAUGGCCUGCUGCCUGUGGUCAGUGUGGGCGUGAACGUGGUGGCCAGGCUCAACCUGGGCCGGCGUGAGGGCUCUCUGCAGUACUUCAUGGCGUACGGCCGACACCAAGGUUAUGAGCCUUUUGGGCUCAAUAUGGCGAGAGAUCCCUCCCUGUGGAUGAGUUGGAAACAGCCUCACUUUAAGUCCAUCCUGCCAGAUGAUCCCUACUUGCAGGUCAGUCGAGUCCGCGGCUCAGCGGAUUCCUUAUCCAGCCUGAGGGUCUCGCAGCGGCUGUUGGCACACCACAACGGAGGCGGCGAAAUGGGCUUUUACCGUCUCAGCAUGUCCAUCGAGUGCGUUGCCGUCCUUACCGACCCUGUGGGGGCUGUUCUGCAAGUGGCCACCAGUUCUUUCGCUCCAGGAAGGAAAGAGCUGGAGGACUCUGACUCUGACUUUGAAGUGCUGAUGAAGUCGGCCCACAGCUUUGUUAGUUCCAGAGACCAGCUGGACUACAAGGAUCACAGCCAAGACAAAACCUCAAGACUGAAGCAACGGUUCAUGUUGAAGAGAAACAAAGCAGACCUGGUCAGCAGCAACUCCUCUCCUCGGCUUCUGGAAGAUGUCCUUGUUGACAAAGACAACGCUGAUCACCUUGAUCAGUACUACUACUCUGUGAGGGUUCUUCCAGGCCAGGAUCCUUUCAACGUGUGGGUGGGCUGGGUCACCCCGGAUUUUCAUCACAAUGACCUGACCUUUGACCCCGACAAUAGCCCCACGGUGACCGUCACCCUCGGAGACGACGGCGGCAAAGUCCAGGAGAGUGUCAAGAGGAGUGACUGUUACAUGGUUUGUGCCGGGGAGGCCACGGGUUUGUCCCGCAGUCGGAGGAGUGCCGGGCUGGAAAUCGGUUGUUUGAUCCACACGGCCACUGGGAUGCUGACCUUUACCUCCAGCGGAGUGGAGAUGGCCACCUUCUACCAAGUGGAGGCCGGCACCAAGCUGUUUCCCGCCACUUUCAUCCAGCCCACCACCAGCAGCAUGUUCCAGUUUCAGCUGGGAAGCACGAAGAAUGCGAUGCCGCUGUCAGCCGGUUUGCUUGGCAGCCUGCGGACCACGGCCACACCUCAGGUCCCGCCGAGGCUUCAGGUCCAGCGUCUGAGCCGCUCCACGUGGAUCCGAGUGCCUGACAGAAGCUUGAACGUGACGCUGGAUCGUCCAGACGAGCGCCACGGCUGGAGAGUCCAAUGCCUUGAGCCUCUUCAAGUCAUGACCCUCCAAAUCCCUGACGAAAGCAGGUGUGUGGACAUCUUGGAGCUGUCGGAACUUGAGGACCUCUUGACCUUUCAGUGCCACACCCUCCUCCUGUACUGCGCUGUGUGCGCCCACGGCAACACCCGAGUUUGCCACGCCAUCUGCAGCCAUGUGGACCAGUCCCAGGUCCUCCACGCCCUCCAGGAUGCUCGUCUAGCUGGCCCGCUGCGCUCUGCCUUUUACCAGCUUCUUGUCCAGGUUUACCUCAGCAGCCACGCCAGCGCAUGUCUCAUGAUGAGCCAUGAAUACAUCGUCCCCAUGACGGAGCAAACCAGAGACAUCACCCUUUGCUCCAGUCUGCCUUUUGGCCUUCCGAGCACGUCUCUCAAACCACAGAUGCGCUUCUCCAGGCCUUGUUUUGUCUGGAGCGAUAGGUUGCAACGGGACAGAGCCCUUAGUCACAGUCCAGAACUUCCUGUGGAUAUAGUGAAGAGCCUCACAGUGGAGAUGCUGAGUGCAGCCGUCUGGGCCGUGCAUGCUGGUGUCAGAGACCCUGUAGGGGGCAGUGUAGAGCAUCUGCUGGUUCCUCUCAUCAAACUCUUCUACACCCUUCUGGUAAUGGGGGUGCUGACCCAGGAGGACCUGGCCAGGGUUCUCCAACUGAUAGAACCUGGAGUCUUUUCAAAUGGAAAAGACGUAAAGGAUCCCAAACCAGGUCUGCUGCAGAUGAAACUUCCUGAAACGGUCAAACUUGAGCUCUGCAACGUGCUGACCUACCUGUGCGAUGUCCAGGUGCGCCACAGGGUGGAAGCAGUGGUCGGCUUCUCGGAAAAUGUGGUGGCUCAGCUGCAGGAGAACCAGCGCUUCCGCUACAGACAAGUCAUGCAGGCUCUCAACAUGUCGGCGGCCCUCACUGCACGCAAGACCAAGGAGUUCCGCUCGCCUCCGCAAGAGCAGAUCAACAUGCUUCUGAGCUUCAGAGACGGCGACCAGCAGGACAACUGUCCAUGCCCGAUGGAGACCCGACAGCUCCUGCGAGACUUCCACCAUCUUCUCAACACGCACUGCGGUGGCGUCGAUUUGGACGGCGCCUCGGAGGAGGACGAGGCGGCCCAGUUGUCAGUGAAAGAUCAACUCCUCAGCCUUGCGGCCGGACUUCUAGGACUGAAGAGAACCGCCGCAGAAGUGGAGGCUAACAGAGCGCAGAGUCCCAAGGUGCUGAUGUGGUACAUCUCAGACACAAUGUUGCGCUGGGCUGCAGAGAAUGAGAUGGAGGACCCCGGCCUGGUGAGGGCCGUCUUCUCUCUGCUGCACCGCCAGUAUGAAGGUGUUGGCGGACAGAUGGCCGCCCCUCUUGCCAAAGCUUACAGCAUCAGCCAAGCGUCGGUGGAAGACACCAUGACCCUGCUGGCCUCCUUGGGACAAAUACGCUCGCUGCUCAGCGUUCGAAUGGGAAAAGAGGAAGAAAAGCUGAUGAUCAGACAACUCGGAGACAUCAUGAACAAUAAAGUGUUCUACCAGCACCCGAACUUAAUGAGGGUGUUGGGCAUGCACCAAACUGUGAUGGAGGUGAUGGUCAAUGUUCUUGGGGAGAAGCGAGCCAAGGACAUCUCCUUCCCCAAGAUGGUGGCCAGCUGCUGCCGAUUCCUUUGCUAUUUCUGCCGCAUCAGCAGACACAACCAGGGCGCCUUGUUUCACCACCUCAGCUACCUCUUGGAGAACAGCAGUGUUGGACUAGCUUCACCUUCCAUGCGCGGGGCCACUCCCCUGGACGUGGCAGCAGCCUCCGUCAUGGACAACAACCAGCUGGCCCUCGCGCUGAGGGAGCCUGACCUCCAGAAGGUGGUGGACUACCUUGCCGGCUGCGGUCUAAAAAGCUGCCCCCUGCUGGUGGCUAAAGGCUACCCGGACAUUGGCUGGAACCCCGUGGAGGGCGAGCGUUACCUGGACUUUCUACGUUUUGCUGUAUUCUGCAAUGGCGAAAACGUGGAGGAGAACGCCUACUUGGUGUUGAGGUUGUUGAUCCGUCGCCCCGAGUGUUUUGGUCCUGCCCUGCGAGGAGACGGUGGGAAGGGUCUCCUCGCCGCCAUGGAGGAAGGCAUCAGGAUGUCUGAAGAGCCGUCUAUGGAUGGACCUUCUCCUCGCGACCUCUUCACUGCAACACAAGAUGCUGUCCCUGACAGUGAGGGCGAGCGCAUCCACAUGGGCCAUGCCAUCAUGACCUUCUACUCGACACUCGUGGACUUGUUGGGCCGCUGUGCUCCAGAGAAGCAGCUGAUUGAAGGAGGAAAGGCAGAAGCCGUCCGCAUGCAAGCCAUCCUGAAGUCGCUCAUCCCCAUCCAGGAUCUUGAGGGGGUCAUCAGCUUGCCCUUUCAAGUACCCUCUGUGUCAAAAGAUGGUUGUGUGGUGGAACCAGACUUAUCUAGGGUCUUCUGCCCCGACCACAAGGCGGCCGUGGUUCUGUUCCUGGACCGUGUGUACGCCAUCCAGGGACAGACUUUUCUCAUCCACCUUCUGCAAGUUGGCUUCCUGUCUGACCUUCAGACUGCAGUCUCUCUGGACUCGGUUGACUUUGGAUCCAGCGACAUGGCCUUGGCCCUCAACAGAUACCUGUGCUCGGCCGUGCUUCCUCUGCUCACUAAGUCUUCUGCUCUCCUCCACGCUUUGGAGGACCACUUCACCUUGAUGGAUUCUCUGAUCCAGGCCAUCUACAGUCUCUCCAGGGCUUCCAGCCUGACCAAGGCCCAGAGGGACACAACUGAGGAUUGUUUAUUGGCCGUGUGCAAUCAACUCCAAGCAGCCAUGAUGCGGCCUCUUCUUGGACGCCUGGUCUUGGAUCUUCACACGGUCACAGAGCACAGCAAGACAGCACUGAAGCUCUUGAGCAGCCACUACCAGCAGAAGUGGAAGUACUACUCUCAGACUGGAGACCAGAGCCUGGCCUCUGAGGAGGAGCUGCACUUAUCUCAGAAGCUCUUCUGGGUCGUGUUUAAGGAACUGGCAAAAAAGCAAUACGAGCCUGAAGUGGCCAAAGUGAGCGUCCACUGCCUGGCGGCGCUGGCCAAGGCUCUCCCUCCCCAACACCUGGACCCGGACUGUGCGUCUCCGAGGGACAAGAACCCGCAGCCUGUGGAGACCUCUGACGUGUCGCUGCCGGAGAGACUGGAGCUGCUGGUCAACAAAUAUGCUGAGCAUACUCAUGAGAAGUGGUCGCUUGAGAAGUUCUCCAAUGGCUGGGUCCACGGGGAGCAGCUGUGUGACAGGACCAAGGUCCACCCCCUCCUCAAGCCCUACAGGGCUCUUGCUGAGAAGGACAAGGAAGCAUACCGCUGGGCCAUUAAGGAGACAAUAAAGAGCAUGCUGGCCUUGGGGUGGACAAUGGAGCGCAGCAAAGAAGGCGAUGUGUUGGACAUCCACACCUGCACGCGGAGAAUCUCACAGUCUGGACAGCUGUCUUUCGAAGGAGCCUCAACCUUCAGCCCCAAACCUUUGGACACGAGCAGCAUUACCUUGACAUGGGAUCAGUGUGCAAUGGCUGAAAGGUUGGCUGAAAACGACCACAAUUCCUGGGCUCAGAGGAAGAAGCUGGAAGGGGGUAGUGGGCACACCAUCCUCGUGCCCUACCACGCGCUGACAGCAAAGGACAAGGCCAAGUUCCGCCAAAGAGCCCAGGAUGUGCUCAAGUUCCUUCAGCUCAAUGGCUACACGGUGUGGAGGGAUGGCAAGGACGCCGAUGUCGAUUUCCCAGCCAGCGCCAAGUGUUUUUGUGCCACUCUCCUCCUGCGCCUGCUGUCUUCCACCCAAGAGGCCCAGGAACACAUGUUGGAACUGGAGGUGAUGCAAGCCAGAGGACAGACUUCCAAAGGAGAGGCAGCGUCACACCAGCAACCUGUCCACUUUUUCCUGAAGGUGGUCCUUCCUCUUUUGGAAGAAUAUGUGAGAAGCCAGCGACUUUAUUUCCUGUCAGUGUCCCUCUACUCCGACACCAGGGGAAGCAGUGCCUCCAAAAAGGAGAAGGAAAUGAUUGUAAGCCUCUUUUGCAAGAUUGCAGCUCUCGUAAGACAGCGUCUCUUUCUCUUUGGAAACGAAAGCUCAGCGGUCACAAGCUGCCUCCAGGUGUUGGCCCGAGCGUUGGAUGCCAGGACAUUGACCGAGUCCACCCGGGCGUCGCUGCAUUCUUUCUUGGAGGCGGCUGCGUCCGAUCUGGAGACCACGGUGGAAAACCUCUCCGUCACGUCGCUCUCGCUGCCUCAGUCUGGCAGUCACCUGGCCAGGGGUGUUGCCAAGGUCCUGGGCUUCACCACCUCCGUCCUGCUGCCCACCCUCACCUCCCUCUUCCGCCAUCUCGCCACUCAAAACCACGGCCUUGACCUCCUGGCGGGCGGCGUGCAGGUGUCCUGCUACAGGAUCCUCAACAGCCUCUACGCGCUGGGCAGCAGCAGCAGCAUCUACAUGGAGGGCCAGCGGCCAGCAGCGGGCGCCUGCCUGGCAGCGCUGAGCGGAUCUUUUCCCGUCUGCUUCCUGGAGCCGUCCAUCGAUCCCAACAAGACCGUGGCCGCCCCUGAAAGAGACGCUUGGGACCUGGAAGACAUGUGCCCCCUUCUCCCUUCUCUGGAGCAGGCCAUGGCAGAAGUGGAGGACCUGGCAGACGCCGGUGCCGCCGCCCAGCAGGGCCUCUAUGCCCACGUCACUGACGUCACGCUGCCCAUGCUGUGUGCUUACGUGGCCCGCUGGGGGUCCCAAGGGUCCCGGGGCCAAGCGGACCAGGCGCUCUGCACCUCCGUCACGCCUCAGCAUGCCAGCGACCUCCUCGCUCACAUCCUCCGAAUCCUCCACAACCACCUGGGCGCUAGCCAGGGUGACUGGAUGAAACAGCUAGCAGUUUGUUGCCAGCCUCUCAUCUGCCGAGGGCGAGCUGAGCUGCUGAAGAGCCACUUCCUUCCUGUGAUGGAGAAGUUGAAGAAGAGGGCGGAGCAGGUGUUGAUGGAGGAGGAGAGCAUGAAGGCAGAAGGUGUGUCUGAAGCAGAGUUACAGAUCCAGGAGAAGUUUACAGUGCUGGUGCGGGACAUCUACUCCUUCUAUCCCCUCCUCAUCCCCUUUGUGGACUUCCAUGGGUCCAGUUGGCAGCAGGAGAGAAGUCCUGAUGCUGAGCAGAUCUUCAGCAUGGUGGCCCAGGUCUUUACCUUCUGGGCCAAAUCUCACAAUUUCAAGUGGGAGGAGCAGAACUACGUGGUCCAAAACCACAUCAACAAUUUGGCUUUCUUGGCCAACAACAACAUGUCAAAGCUGGACCACGAUGAGAGGGCGAUGAAGAAGAAGGGCGAUCGUUAUUCGGUGCACACCUCCCUCAUCAUGGCGUGCGUAAAAAGGCUCCUCCCAGUGGGACUCCGGCUUUGUUUACCCGGCGACUGGAGCCUCAUCUUGUUGGCUAAAAGUGGUUUUGCUCAGAAGAACACCGAAGAUGAGAUUCGAGAUCGUUUGUGUGAAUCCCUUUUACUCUCUGGUGGCCAGCAAGAGAUGUUUAGUCCAGACGACACAAGCCACAAGAUCCUUGGAGUUGCUGCAGUCCUCUACUACCUUGAUCAGGUAGAACAUCCUCAUAGACCUAAAAAGACUUCAUGGCACAAAGUGUUGACCAAGCAGAGGAAGCAGGCAGUUGUGGCUUGCCUAAGAAUGGCCCCGCUAUACAACCUGCCCAGACACACGGCCGUCAACUUCUUCCUGCAAGCCUACCGACAGUCUUGGAUUGCAGCUGAGGACAAGACUCUGGAGGACAGGCUGCUGGAGGACUUAGCUGGUGUGAGGGGCCCGGCCAAAGAAGAAGUAAGGACCAAGUUGAUGGAUCCUCUCCUCCAGCUCAUCACUUUCUUCAGUGGAAGCGCCCUGACAGCCAGGAGUGGUCUGGGAACUGACAGUCUGUAUGUGUCCUACGUGGAGAUGAUGGCCAAGAGUUGCCAGAGGGAAGACGACCAGCUACAGGGGGUGGAAAGUUUUGAAGAGAAGGAGAUGGACAAACAGAAGCUGCUCUACCAGCAGGCCAGGCUGCAUGUCCGGGGAGCCUCAGAGAUGGUCCUGCAGAGCAUCGCUGCCAGCAAAGGAAGUUUUGGCUCCAUGAUGGCUCCGACACUCCAGCUGGGCAUCGCACUUCUCAACGGAGGGAACGCCGCCGUUCAGCAGAAAAUGCUGGAUUACCUGCGAGAGCGACGUGACGUUGGCUUCUUUCAGAGCUUGGCUGGACUGGUGCAGGCCUGCAGUGUGCUGGAUUUAAACGCUUUUGAGAGGCAGAACAAAGCUGAAAGAUUAGGCAUGAUCCUGGAUGACAGCUCAGGAGUGGAGGUGCUGCGUGAUGAACAUGUGACCUGCGACCUGUUGCGCUUGCUGCAGCUGCUGUGUGAAGGACACAACUCAGAUUUCCAGAACUACUUGCGAACUCAGAGCGGCAACAACACCACUGUCAACAUGAUCAUUUCCACGGUGGAUUACCUGCUGAGAAUACAGGAGUCCAUCAGCGACUUCUACUGGUACUACUCUGGCAAGGACGCCAUCGACCUGCAAGGCCAGCGCAACUUUUCCAAGGCCAUCAGGGUGUCCAAGCAGGUGUUCAACACGCUCACCGAGUACAUACAGGGACCGUGCACUGGAAACCAGCAGAGUCUGGCUCACAGUCGCCUGUGGGACGCCGUGGUGGGCUUCCUUCAUGUCUUUGCUCACAUGCAGAUGAAGCUCUCACAGGAUUCAAGGCAGAUUGAUCUCCUGAAGGAGCUGAUGGACUUACAAAAAGACAUGGUUGUGUUCUUGCUCUCCAUGCUAGAAGGCAACGUGGUCAAUGGAACCAUCGGUAAACAGAUGGUGGACAUGCUGGUGGAAUCCUCCAGCAAUGUGGAAAUGAUCCUCAAGUUUUUUGACACGUUCCUCAAGCUCAAAGACCUGACGUCCUCCGAGAUCUUCCGAGAGUACGACCCCGAUGGCGAAGGAUGCGUCACCAGGAAGGACUUCCAGAAAGCCAUGGAGAGUUCCAAGCAGUUCUCCCAAGCCGAGACGCAGUUCCUCCUCUCCUGCAUCGAGACCGACGAUAGGGAAGUCCUGGAUUACCAGGCGUUUGUGGAUCGCUUCCACGAGCCCGCCAAAGACAUCGGCUUCAGCGUCGCAGUUCUGCUCACUAAUUUGUCCGAACACAUGCCCAAGGAUUUAAGGCUGAGGGCCUUCCUGGAGCUGGCCCAGUGCGUCUUGACUUACUUCCAGCCCCACUUGGGCCGCAUCGAGAUCCUGGGCAGCGGGAAGCGUAUGGAGAGGGUCUACUUUGAGAUCAGCCAGUCCAGCCGCACGCAGUGGGAGAAGCCGCAGGUCAAGGAGUCCAAGCGGCAGUUCAUUUUCGACGUGGUCAACCAAGGCGGAGAAAAGGAGAAAAUGGAGAUGUUUGUCAACUUCUGUGAGGACACCAUCUUCGAGAUGCAGCUGGCAGCGCAGAUCUCCGGCUCUGACGGCGGAGAGCGCCAUGCUGGAGACGAGGAGGAGAAGGAGAUGUGGGUCGUGUCUCUACUUUCUGUCAAAAAGCUGAGGGCCCUCACAAAAAUGAGCGUGAAAGAUGUCGCCGGCCUCCUCAGAGUGGCGGCGAGGGCCGUGUUGCGCUGCGGCGGCCUGGUCGUUAGCGGCGUCCUGCACCUGCUCUACGUGGCCUUGCUCGACGGCGGCCUGGUAGAAGGAGCCAAGAGCGUGACCCUAGCUGACCUGCUGGGGGGCCUUGUGGAGCCCACCCUUGAUGAGGUGGCAGAGGCAACGAGUGCAGCCGGGAGACCCUCGGCCCUGCGGAGACAAAGUGGGCAGGCGGCAGCUGUGACCUCCGCCAGGGAGAAGGAUGUGUUGGCGGACGUAUUCGGCCUUCGAGUGAGGAAAGACGGAGGUCAAUACAGACUGGCGAUGCAAGACAGUCUGACCCCCCCCUCGGUGCCCACCGCCGCUGCUUGCUCGGAGGGGACGGCCAGCAUGUCGGAGGAGGACAAAGCUGAGGACGAGAUGCCAGAAUCAGAAAAAGGGACGCCAUGUGAGGACACCAUGGCCAGGAGAUACUGUAAUAAAUCACAGGAAACAGGAAGUCAGCAUUCGGCCCUCGGCGAGAUGAUAAGCACUCAUCACAAGAGCCUGCUGAAUUACUUUGCCAGAACGUUCUACAACACGCGCCUGCUGGCCCUCUUUGUCACUUUUGCAAUCAACUUCAUCCUGCUCUUCUACAAGGUGGCAUCGCCGGGACAACGAAUAGAGGCGUGGCUUGACUCGGAGGGCCAGGUUCCCUUUGUCCUGGAAGAAAGCGGCGGCUACAUGGAGCUGUGUCUUGGCCUCCUGGCUGUGUUGCACACGCUCAUCUCCUGCUGUUGCAUGAUGGGAUACUACUGCCUCAAGGUGCCGCUGGUGGUCUUCAAGCGGGAGAAGGACGUGGCCCGCAGACUGGAGUUUGAUGGCUUGUACGUGACGCAGCAGCCGCCCGAGGACCACUUGAAAGGCCAGUGGGACAGACUGGUCAUUAACACGCCGUCCUUUCCAACUUACUACUGGGAUAAAUUUGUGAAGAGAAAGGUGAUGGAUAAGUACGGGGAGUUUUACGGCCGUGAGAAGAUCAGUGAGCUUCUGGGCUUGGACCAGGCAUCGUUGGACUUCAGCUCUGGAGGGACAGAGAGGAACCGGUUCAGGAAAGACUGCGCCUGGAUCAAUGUAUUCAGCUCCAUGGACAUCAAAUACCAAGUCUGGAAACUGGGGGUGGUUCUCACCGACAAUUCUUUCCUGUACCUGGCCUGGUACACGCUCAUGUCCUUUCUGGGCCACUUUAACAACUUCUUCUUCGCCACCCACCUCUUGGACAUCGCCAUGGGCUUCAAGACCAUUCGCACCAUCCUCUCCUCUGUCACACACAAUGGCAAACAGUUGGUCCUGACUCUGGGCCUUCUGGCGGUGGUGGUCUACCUCUACACCGUGGUGGCCUUCAACUUCUUCAGCAAGUUUUACCACAAGAGCGACGACAAAGACGUGCAAGACAUGAAGUGCAACCACAUGCUGACUUGCUACAUGUUCCACAUGUACGCGGGGGUACGUGCGGGCGGAGGCAUCGGUGACGAGCUUGAGGAUCCUGCCGGUGACGAGUUGGAGGUGGAGCGUAUUGUUUUUGACAUCACCUUUUUCUUUUUUGUGGUGGUCAUCCUCCUGGCCAUCAUCCAAGGCUUGAUCAUUGAUGCCUUCGGAGAGCUGCGUGACCAGCAGGAGCAGGUGAAGGAGGACAUGGAGACCAAGUGUUUCAUUUGUGGAAUCGGCAGCGACUACUUUGAUAAAGUUCCUCAUGGCUUUGAGACUCACACUCUGCAGGAACACAACUUGGCCAACUAUUUAUUUUUUCUGAUGUAUCUCAUCAACAAAGACGAGACUGAACACACUGGACAGGAAUCCUACGUGUGGAAGAUGUACCAAGAACGUUGCUGGGAAUUCUUUCCCGUGGGCGACUGUUUCCGUAAGCAAUAUGAAGAGCAGCUGGGAUGAAAGGAGAUAACGUGGUCAUCUUCAUCUUCAUCUUCAUCCACGCUCCUGCGCCUCGGACUAACGGGAACCUGCUGAUCCAUCGCGGAUGUUGCCUUCCCACUAAAGUCGUGCUCAUGUAUUAUUUAUUUACUCAUGAUGGCUGACCUUCUUCUCUUCUGCACUUUCUCAUGCGAGUCUGCAAAUAAACAUUUUGAAGAA